GGACUACAGCUCCCGGCGUGCUGCGGAGCGGAGCAGAGCCGAGCGGGCCGUACCUGAGCCGCGCCGAGCCAAGCCGAGCCGAGCCAAGCCGAGCCGGGCCGGGAGUGCUGCCCUCCCUCGGCGCGGGAGCCGCGGGGCCGGGCCGAGCCGAACCCAGCCGAACCGAGCCGAGCCGAGCCGAGCCGAGCCGAACCCAGCCGAGCCGAGCCGAGCCGAACCCCUUCGUUCCCCGUGGCGUUGCCCUCUCCCCGCAGCCGCCCGGGUCACCUCUCUGCCUGGCAGGCGCCCGCGUCCCACCCCCCGGCUGCACCAUGGCGUCCCGCAUCGGCCUGCGGAUGGAGCUGAUGAAGCAGCAAGCGCAGCAGGAGGCCGAGAGGGAGCGCAUGCAGCAGCAGAUGAUGAUGAACUACAUGCAGCAGCAGCGGAUGCCGGUGGCCUCCACCCCAGCCAUCAACACCCCCGUCCACUACCAGUCCCCACUGCCUGUGCCCGGAGAGGUCCUCAAGGUCCAGUCCUACCUGGAGAAUCCCACCACAUACCACCUGCAGAAGUCGCGGGAUAAGAAGGUUCAGGCUUAUCUCUCCGAAACCUAUGGGAACAAGUUUGCUGCCCAUGUCAGCCCUGUCAGCCAAUCUCCCAAGCCGCCCCCCGCCGCGUCCCCCGGUGUCCGACCCAGCCAUGUCAUGUCCUCCUCGGCGGGCAACAGCGCGCCCAACAGCCCCAUGGCCAUGCUCAACAUAGGCUCCAACCCCGAGCGGGAGUUCGAUGAGGUCAUUGAUGACAUCAUGCGCCUGGAUGAUGUUUUGGGCUAUAUGAACCCUGAAGUCCACAUGCCCAACACACUGCCGAUGUCCAGCAGUCACAUGAAUGUCUAUAGUGGGGACCCCCAGGUGACAGCCUCUCUCGUGGGUGUCACCAGCAGCUCCUGCCCUGCCAACCUCACCCAGAAGAGAGAGCUGACAGAUGCUGAGAGCCGAGCCCUGGCGAAAGAGCGCCAGAAGAAAGACAAUCACAACCUGAUUGAGAGACGACGAAGGUUUAACAUCAAUGACCGCAUCAAAGAGUUGGGGAUGUUGAUCCCUAAGGCCAACGACCUAGAUGUGCGCUGGAACAAAGGCACAAUUCUGAAGGCGUCUGUGGACUACAUCAAGAGGAUGCAGAAGGACUUGCAGAGGUCACGAGACCUGGAGAAUCACUCACGGCGUCUGGAGAUGACAAAUAAGCAGCUGCUGCUCCGCAUCCAGGAGCUGGAGAUGCAGGCACGCGUCCACGGGCUGCCCACCUCCUCGCCCUCGGGAGUCAACGUGGCCGAGCUGGCUCAGCAGGUGGUCAAGCAAGAAGCUGGCGGGGACGAGGGGACGCUGGAGCCACUGCUGCCACCCCCAGACCCCGAGUCACAGCCACAGCUGGCGCUGCCUCCACCACCCCAGUCUCCCUAUCAGCAGCUGGACUUUACCCACAGCCUGAGCUUUGACGACGGCUCCCGGGGCUUCCCGGACAGCCUGGAGCUUGGCCACAGUGCUUCCUUCCCAUCCGUGUCCAAGAAGGAGCUGGACUUGAUGCUGAUGCAGGACACCAUGCUGCCCCUGGCCUCCGACCCCUUGUUCUCAGCCAUGUCCCCGGAGGCCUCCAAGGCCAGCAGUCGCCGGAGCAGCUUCAGCAUGGAGGAUGCAGACAUGCUGUGACGAGGAGCUGCUCCGACGCUGGGGGCGAGGACUGGACCUUCGAGUUUGGUUAGUGAAGUUACAGGGCACUCUUCUCGCAGGAGGUGCCCGUCCUGCCACGCACUUGAAUCUACGUAGGAGUACCUUUUGUCUAUGCAACGGGGGUCUCGGAUCAAGGCUCGCCGGGUACCACCGUGUCUUUCGCAAGCUUUUUUUUGCCAGGAGCCAGAGCAGACCUCCUUGGCUUGCCGUGGCGUUGGCCCGACUGCAGAUUCCCCAGCCUGGGAGUGUGAUCUCAGCUGCUUUGCCUUUCAGCUAAACCCUCCCGGACCGUCCCCCUUCCCCAGGGUGCUGGCCCAGAGCUGGAGCUGGCAGGAGCCUUUGAGUCCCUGGGAGAGGAGAGGGACGAUGCUCAGAGCUUUUUGUCUGGCUUGCUGCCUCCUUGCCACCCCACUCCGGGAGCCCACGUCCCCAGCGUGUCUUCCCCAGCGGUGGCCUCCGAGCCCCGUGGGUGCUUCACGGUGCCACGUCCUUCAUGGUUCCUCCUUCCUUGGAGCACCCGCCGCCUCUCCAGGUCGCAGAGCUGGAGGGAGAAGAGGUGCUUAAUCGAUGCAAGUUAAUUCAUGGGGCACGGAGGCUGUUGUCCGAGAGAGCUGAGUCUGAUGCUACGAAUUCAGGUCAACAUUGAGGGCUUCCAACAGGGCCAGGACAGGGUGUUUGAUGCUUGGUCAACCCCCUUCUGUGACUCCCACCUUGCAGGGAGACUCAUCUUCGGGGUUUGGCAGCACCUACCACCCCAGAACAUCUCUGGCCCCUGGACAAGGGCUGCAUGGUGCCAGGAGACCUUCAGCCUCCCUCGAGAUCCCCACAGAGGUGCCUCUGCCCUGUAACGCCAGGCUGUGGCUCUUCAGGUGGACGGAUUAAGGGGUUUUACACUUUUUUAAGGGGAUACUUGUUGAAAGUGGAUGUCCUGCCCCACACCUGGGCAUGGACGUCGUGGCUCUGGCCGGGGACCAGGGGACAGUUUGUACCGAUUGCCAAACCUGAGCUGCUGCUCUCUGCCUUUGGCUUGUGGCAUUUAUUUGUCUUCCCAGCAUUGCCAGCUCAUUCCCCAGCCAGGACGACUCGGUGAUGAGGAGCUGCUUUGGGCUCUGCGUCAUCUGCUGCCUUCUCAGUCUGGCUGGUGGCGGGGAGGGAGCUCGGCAGGGGAGGGGGAUGCUGUUCAUGGGGAAAAUACUGUACGCAUUUGUUGUAAAGCCUGAAGGGGAGCACAGGGAGGCUGGGGAGAGGAGCCCGCUUUGUGAUCCCGCACUAUAGCACAGCAUCACCCCCUGGGGCUGUGGGAGCUGCGGCUGGAGGGAUGGGAGCCCAUGCAGGGACAGGGUUCACUGGGUGCACCCCAUCCUGGACCAAGGAUGGGGGAUGUCAUGGGGUUGGGACUGCGAGGGCAAAGCCCAGCCAAGGAGGGACGAGCUUGCUCCGUUGUGGCGGGAUUUGGGAUUGCGAGGUGGGGGACAGCCCCGGUGCCCCCCUGGAGAGGUGCCUGUUGGAUGCGAGGGUGUGGGGAAGUGCAGAAGGCGGGGAGGAGAAGGGGAAAGGAAGAGGGAGGACAUGUCGGAGGUGUCCUGGUGCGCUGGGAGGGAGCAGGGUCUGGCUGCUGCCCGCAGGGGUGCAGGAAGGGGAACGGAGGGGACGUCGGGGCGCUGGGUGAGGGCCACUGGGCUGUGUGCCGGUGGGUUUGGGACUGUUCCGCCCCACAUGUUCACGGGAGGCCUUGGCAUCCUUCAUGCGCUGCCGUUAGUGCCUGUAAAGAGAAUAAUUGCCGCUGGCAGGGCGGUGACACCCCAUCCGCUGUGCUGAGUACCUAUAGGAGUGGGUGAUCUGUGGGUCUGCCGGACGCCAGAGGGUCUGCGUGAGUGCUUCAGGGCAGGCAUACAAAAUCCCUGGUCACUUGGGAUUAUCGUGGCUAUAAAGCGGUUCUGCUGGGCCCUCACCGGUGGUACACGGCACGUACGGGGAUGGCAGGGUGUGCGCCCGCUCUGCGCCCCGCUCCCGGCACCGGUGGGCACAGGACCAUCCGCUGCUCAGUGCGAGACGUGGUGUCUCCCCUGGUUGUGAGUAAACUGUUGUGGAUUUUUUUUUUUUAAUCUUUGGGGUUUUUGUUUGUUUUAUUUUUCUUUUUUUUAAUGCACUGUGCUAUGAUUAAAAAAUUUUACUACUGUUUUAUAAAUAAAUGUAUAAAAGAAUGAACUGGAAUGGAAGAAGAAUCAUUAAAAUAUAUUUAUUUACAACAUCCUGA